AGCUCGGAUCGCCGCAAGGAGAAGUCACGUGACGCCGCUCGCUGUCGCCGCAGUAAAGAAAGCGAAGUGUUCUACGAGCUGGCUCACCAACUUCCUGUGGCUCGCAGCAUCAGCGCUCACCUGGACAAGGCGUCCAUCAUGAGGCUCGCCAUCAGCUUCCUGCGCACACGCACGCUCUUUGCCACAGGCUGCAAUGGCAACGAGGAGGAGCAGAUGAGCAGCUUCUACCUGAAGUCUCUGGAGGGCUUCGUCACCGUGGUAACGUCUGACGGGGACAUGAUCUUCCUGUCGGAAAACAUCAACAAAUUCAUGGGGCUCACACAGGUGGAGCUGACGGGUCACAGCAUCUUCGACUUCACACACCCGUGUGAUCACGACGAGAUCAGAGAGAACCUCAGCCUCAAGACCGCCAGCAGCGGCUUCAGAAAAAAGAGCAAAGAGCAAAACACCGAGCGGGACUUCUUCAUGCGGAUGAAAUGUACGGUGACCAACAGGGGGCGCACUGUCAACCUGAAGUCUGCCAGCUGGAAGGUGCUUCACUGCGUGGGACACCUGAAGAUGUGCGACAGCGCCACCUCGCAGGUGCUGUGCAGCCUCAAAGACCCGCCCCUCACCUGCGCAGUGUUGAUGUGUGAGCCUAUCCCGCACCCCUCCAACAUCGACGCCCCUUUCGACAGCAGGACUUUCCUGAGCAGACACAGCAUGGACAUGAAGUUCACUUACUGCGACGACAGAGUAACUGAGUUGAUGGGUUACACUCCUGAUGAUCUGUUGGGCCGCUCAGUCUAUGACUUCUAUCACGCUCUGGACUCUGACAAUGUCACCAAAAGUCAUCACAACUUGUGCACCAAAGGACAGGCGGUGUGCUCUCAGUAUCGCAUGCUGGCAAAGAGCGGAGGUUACGUGUGGCUCCGAAGUCAAAGCACCGUCAUCUACAACACCCGCAACUCUCAGCCUCAGUGCAUCGUCUGCAUCAACUACGUCCUCAGUGACAUCGAAGAGAAGUCCACCGUCUUCUCCCUGGAGCAGACCGAGUCUCUGUUCAAGCCCCGCCUCCUCAGCAGCUUCUUCACAGGCGGAGGAGGAGGCCUAGACUCCGGUCCAGAUCCCGGUCUGGAUCCCGGUCUGGAUCCCGGCGACGCGCUCUUUACCAAACUCAAGGACGAGCCGGAGGACCUGGCCCAGCUGGCGCCCACACCUGGAGACACCAUCAUCAGCCUGGACUUCGGUGGUCCUCGUCUGGACGAGUCGGCAGAGCAGGCCACGUAUCGCCAGUUGUCGACUGCCGCCAUGCCCCCGCCGGGGCCCGCGUCCUGGGCCGGCGAGAUCCAGAAGGCGGUGCCGCCUCCAUCCGCAGGGGGCGGGAUUAACAUGGCGUCCUUGGUCGCUGCUCGGCAGAACCCGCCGCCGUGCAGCGCCACUCCCAGCCUGAGCAGCUGCUCCACGCCCAGCAGCCCAGAAGAUUACUACAGCACUACUGACAGCGACCUGAAGGUGGAGCUAACGGAGAAACUCUUCGCUUUGGACACCAAAGGCAACAGUCCUGUGUCUACUGAGAGGGACUUGAGUGACUUUGAUCUGGAGACAUUGGCUCCCUACAUCCCCAUGGACGGAGAAGACUUCCAGCUCAAUCCCAUCAUUUCAGACUCCGAGCCUCUGGAAGUGGGUGUGUCCAUGGGGAGCAGUGGUGGCGGCGGCAGCCUGGCUCAGUCCCAGCAGACCCCCCAGCAGAGCUUCAGCAACAUUGCCAGCCUCUUCCAGCCGCUGUCCUCGCCCCCUCAGCAGCAAGGCCGCUACCGGACCCAUCCCGCCGCCGCCUCCUCCUGGUCUGCGGGGGAGGACGGAGGCUGCGGUCAGGGGGAGCUGGACCCGAGGACGAGGUGCCACAUGAUGGGGUGCAUGCAGAACCCCCCAUACCAAGUGCCUGCCAGCACCCCUUUGUCUUCCAUGGGGGGCAUUCAGAACCUGCAGUGGCCUCCUGAUCCUCUGCUGACUUACCAGCAACACGCCAACAAAGGUUACCGCAUGGACUCUUUGUCUGGAGACCCGCGCCUGUCUUGCCAGCAGAACCUGCAGAGCGUCCUGCACAACCACAGGUCCAUGGAGAACUUUGGACAAGCUUACAGAGAUCUGCGUCCCCCUCGUGUAGACAACAGCGUCAAACGCUCCUUCGAUCAAAUGGCGGGUGAAUGUAAGACGUCAGAAAGCAUGUGGAAGAAGAUGAGGAGCAACAUGUCCGGUAGUGGUCCAGGCGGGCUGAAAGCGGACACCAGGACUUUGUGUUUGGGAAGUGUGCAACAGCACAGGAAGUCUCAGUAUCCAGGAAGUCUUGCCAGUCGCUUACUGGGUCCGUCGUACAACUUCUGUCUGCCGGAGUUGACCCGCUACGACUGCGAGGUCAACGUACCGCUGCAGGGCCACCUGCACCUGCUGCAGGGCUGUGACCUGCUGAGAGCUCUGGACCAGAACACCUAGAAGGUCCUCACCCUGACAUGGACCUCACUUUGUUGGAAUGAUGGACACCACUCCCACACUUGGACUGCCUUGUUUCCUCCUUCGCACGUCCUGCCUUCUGUAGCCGCCAUCUUGUUGUCCACCUCACCCCAACACGGAUGUGUCAUGUGACCCUGCGUGACCUGUAGGCCGUGAGCGGUCACAGGUCAGCAGUUUGUGACAUGGUGUCAAAGGAGAUGAUGUCAAAUAGAUGUUCAUUCUUAACCAAUACACGUAACUAAGUUUUAUUGUUAGCUAAUACACGUUAGCUCAUUUCCAUUGUAAGCUGGCACACGUUAGCUAAUUUCCAUUGCUAACUGAUAUAUGUUAGUUAAGUUUUAUUUUUAGCUAAUACACGUUAGCUAAUCUCCAUUGUAAGCUGAUACACGUUAGCUAAUUCUCAUCGUUAGCUGAUGUAUGUUAGCUAAGUUUUAUUGUUAGCCGAUAUAUAUUAGUUAAGUUUCAUUGUUAGCUAAUACACGUUAGCUAAGUUUCAUUGUUAGAUCAUACACAUUAGCUAUUUUUUAUUGUUUGCUGAUACACAUAAGCUAAUUUUCAUUGUUAGCUAAUACACGUUAGCUCAUUUUCAUUGUUAACUGAUACACAUGAGCUCAUUUCCAUUGUUAGCUAAUACACGUUAGCUAAGUUGCAUUGUUGGCCAAUACAUGUUAGCUAAAUUUCAUUGUUAGAUCAUACACAUUAGCUCAUUUCAAUUUUUUGCUGAUACACGUUAGCUCAUUUCCAUUGUAAGCUAAUACACGUUAGCUCAUUUCCGUUGUUAGCUAAUACAUGUUAGCUAAGUUUCAUUGUUAGCUAAUACACAUUAGCUCAUUUUCAUUGUUAGCCGAUACAUGUUAGCUCAUUUCCAUUGUUAGCUAACACAUGUUAGCUACGUUUCAUCGCUAGAUCGUACACAUUAGUUAAUUGUCAUUGUUAGCUUGUGAGUCCAAUUUAUUUAUAGUCUAAUCUAAUUGUUCAUGCAGUAAUACUACAUCUAUGCACACAAAUACCGUAAUGCACUAUAACACAUGCAUCUACUCGAAUAAAUCCACGUAACCGAAUACAUCCAUGUACUCUAAUACACAUAUGUACUCUAAUUCAUGCAGGCACUCUAUUUCAUUCAUGUACUCUUAAUAGACAUAUGUACGCUAAUACAAGUAUGUACUCUGUGCAUAUAAGUAUGUACUCUGUGCAUACAAGUAAGUACUCUG